AUGCAUCCUCCUCCUGUAAUCAUCAGCCCGGCUUCACAGUCGGCUCCUAGAGCAGCUGAGAGAGUUGUUACUUCACGUGAUGCAGCUGAUAACACGCCGUCAAAUCCUUACCCUGCAAGGCCGCUUUCUUCACGACAGGACACAGCGCUUACAGAUCAGAGGGCAGCACCGGAUACAGAUCUUAUGGAGCUUCUAGUUGCCACCUCUUAUGGGCUUCCUAGACCUACUCUACCUCACUUCACCUCAGGUAAAGAGUCAGACUUUGCACUGCUUAAGAUGGCUUUGGACAACUUGCUCGAUACACAUGCUCACCUUACAGAACAGUUCAAAUAUCAAGUCCUUCUCGAUCAUUUGAAACUGCCAAGCGCCUACAAGCUAGCCCAAGCUUACAUGUACCAUCCAAAACCGUACACUGCAGCCCUCCAAGCUCUCCAAGAUAAGUAUGGGCAAUCGCGCCAGCUAGUGCAGAGCGAGCUAGGUGCCAUCUUAAACUCACCUCAAGUAAGAUCUGGAGAUCCAGAAGCAUUCGACAACUUUGCCCUAUCAGUACAAAGUCUAGUUGGCAUGCUCCGUUCCCUCGAGGGUGAGAAUGGCUAUGAACUACGAUGCGGAUCCCACGUCGAUAGGCUGCUCAGCAAACUGCCUAUUAACUAUCGAGAUGCGUUUGUGGAAUACAGCAUAAAUCGAGGCAUCCUGAGGACCGGCACUGAUCAGACCUACACGCUUGAAGACUUAUCUGUUUGGCUUCAGUUAAAGUCACAAGCAAAGCGCAUUUCUUCUCGAGCAGCUCUUAUGUUCCAAGAUCAGCCUAAGCCAGUUAAGGGUCAGAGGAAAUCCCAGGGUCCUUCAUCUAAUGUGUUUUACAACACUGAGAUCCAAGCUAAGGUAGCCCAUCCAGAUUCUGCUCACAGCACAAAGUCACCUAAAGGUAAACCCAGUGUGAAGCCUUACUGCCCGUACUGCGACACCCGUGAGCAUUACCUCAGCUUAUGUCCCAAAUUCAAAACGCUCACUACAUCUGAGAUUUCAGCCUGGAUUAAAGACAGAGGCUGUUGGCGGUGUGGCAGGACCCAUAAACCUGAGGCAUGUACUCUUAAGAAACCUUGCCAAGUGUGCAAACAGCAACAUUUGACCGUGCUCCACGAAGUGUGUUCCCAAGACGCUAAGAAAGUGUUAAUGGUCAGUGCUGCUCCCGACACCAUAUACAUUGAUCGUCCUAGUCGUCCGCAACGAGUCAUGUUGAAGCUAGUUAAGGUGCGCCUGUACAAUGCCGAGCAUUCUCUGGAAGGUUUUGCUAUUCUGGACGACGGAUCAGAAAGAACCCUCAUCCUUCCCUCAGCAGUCCGGCAUCUCCAUUUGACUAAAGAGCCUGAAAAUCUGCCUUUGCGUACUGUCCGCCAUGAAGUGAUCCAUCUACAAGGAGCAUCUGUCUCUUUCGACAUCUCCCCAGCUCAUUCUCCUAAACAAAGGUACCACAUCUUUCACGCCUUCACUGCUGGUGAGCUGAGCUUGUCUGAGCAUAGAUAUCCCGUCAAGUCACUCAUGCGCAGAUACCCCCAUCUGCAAGGUCUUCCUCUGCCAAAUGUUGACAAGGUCCAGCCGCUUCUGCUGAUAGGAUCUGACUUUCCACAUCUGCUGCUUCCCAAACAACCGGUCAGAACAGGUCCUCCUGGGAGUCCUGUAGCUGUGCGUACUGCUCUUGGUUGGACAUUGCAAGGCCCAGCCAACCUCAACCCUACUGAUGAGCACUCUCACUGCUACUUCACCAUGUCCCCUAAUUCAGAGCUGCAGCGUCACGUUGAAAGGCUGUGGGAAGUUGACAUAAACCCUUAUGCCAACACUAGGACUGUGAUCCGCUCCAAAGAAGAUCAGCAGGCCCUAGAACUGCUGGAACAGUGCACCGUCAAAGUAGAAAUGGAUGGAGUAACAAGGUAUGCUACUCCAUUACUGAGGCGCAAAGCUAGCCUUACCCUCUGGACUCCAAAGUACACAUUGCUCCCACAGCUACGGAGUACAGAACGCCGUCUAGCCAAAGACACUGCUCUAGCCAAUACCUACUGUCAAGAAAUACAGAAGCUUGAACAGUUGGGCUAUGUCAAACCUCUACCUUCUGACAUAGUAGACAGCUCCACAGAGUCCUGGUAUCUGCCGCACCACGUUGUUCAUCACAACGGUAAGGCGAGGAUUGUCUACAACUGUUCCUACCAGCACAAUGGUCAAAGUCUCAACAGCCAACUGUUGCCCGGUCCGACAUUAGGUCCUACUCUCCUCGGUGUACUUCUCCGGUUCCGAGAGCACAGUGUGGCUAUCAGUGGUGACAUCAAAUCGAUGUUUCAUCAGGUUCGCCUGGUACCAGAAGACAAGCCCCUUCUCCGUUUUCUCUGGAGAGGUAUGAAGAAGGAGGAGGAACCAACAGUGUAUGAGUGGCAGGUUCUGCCAUUCGGGACUACAUGCAGUCCCUGUUGUGCCACAUACGCACUUCAGCGGCAUGUGAAGGAUAACAGCAGAGGUCAUGAGGACAUCCUGCACCUUGUAGAGACUGCCUUCUACGUCGACAAUUGUUUGACCAGUGUCACCAAUGCUGAUGAAGCCAAGACCAUUAUCGACCGGAUGCGUAAACUGCUCUCAACUGGAGGCUUCGACAUCAGGCAGUGGGCGAGUAACAUCCCCACAGUUGUGGAUCAUCUUCCAUCGGAAGCGAAGGCAGCGAGCACGGAGUUGUGGCUCUCUCAGCAUAGACAAGAUCCUGAAGAGCCAGCCUUAGGCCUUCGCUGGAACUGCCUUACCGAUCGCCUUGGGUACCGCCACAGACCAGUAGAGUAUUCACAGCCAACUCUGAGGAAUGUCUACAAGGUGAUGGCAACACAAUAUGAUCCCCUAGGGUAUCUAAUCCCAUUUACCACACGAGCGAAGAUCCUGAUUCAAGACCUGUGGAAAGUGGGAGUUGGCUGGGAUGAAACAAUCAGACCAGAGGCUCUGCUGGAUAUCUGGACACAAUGGGAGAGGGAACUAGUUCAUCUUCCACAAGUGGAAAUUCCCCGAUGCUAUGUCCCAUCAGUAGCAGACUCUGGGUCAUCCAGACGAGAGGCACACAUCUUCUGCGAUGCCUCUGAAAGAGCCUACGGGUCCGUCGCUUACCUCCGCACCCAAGACAAUCAAGGUGAAGUCCACAUUGCUUUCUUGAUGGCUAGGUCACGAGUGAGUCCUCGCAAACAACUAUCUAUGCCACGCCUCGAAUUGUGUGCCGCUUUAGCUGGGGCUCAGAUGGCUAAAGUCAUUAUGACAGAACUGUCACUCCAUUCCCAGCAAGUCACUCUUUGGACCGACGCAAUGACAGUCUUAACUUGGCUCAAUUCGGACUCGUGUCGCUACAAGGUUUUUGUAGGUACUAGAGUCUCUGAAAUUCAAGAACUUACUGAGAACUCAACUUGGCGGUAUGUUAGCACCACUGACAAUCCAGCCGAUGACCUUACUCGCGGCAAACCCUUGCUCGAUCUCAGCCAGCCAACUCGGUGGAGCCAGGGUCCAUCAUUCCUUCGGCAACAUCCAGACUCCUGGCCAGUGUUCCAGUUAGUAGAAGCUCAAGAAGCUGACGAGGAUGAACUUCGGAAAAUAAUGUUCUGUGGAGCCAUCACCUGCUCUCCGACCACAACACUCAGGUCUGAUAUAGACGACUGGGACAGUCUUCUCAAGGCUACCCAUGAGAGCCUUCACGGGGCGGCUAAUGACCAGAAGAGCCCCACUAUGACAGCAGCUGAUGUCCAAGCAGCAGAGCUACAUGUCCUCAGACAAGCCCAGAGGGAGUCUUUCCCUGAAGAGGUGGAAACUCUUUCUACUGGUAAGCCCAUCUCGAGACUGAGUCGCCUGCUCAUGCUUACUCCAGAGUAUGAUGAAGCUGUUGGCCUAAUGAGAGUGGGAGGUAGACUACGCAGAGCAGAAGAUCUUGACCCAGAUACAAUACAUCCCAUCAUCCUCGAUCCUAAAUCUCAUGUCACAAAGCUGCUCAUUAAGAAGUAUGACAGUGAACUGCUACAUCCUGGCCCCGAACGGGUUUUCGCCGAGAUGAGGAGAAGAUAUUGGAUCCUCAGGGGAAGAGAGUCCAUCAAGCGUCAUCAGCACGGCUGUGUUGAAUGUCAGAAAUGGCGUGCUACUCCAGUAGUCCCUCAAAUGGCAGACUUACCCCCUGCCAGACUCCGCUUAUACAAGCCACCUUUCUGGUCGACUGGGGUUGAUUGUUUCGGCCCCUACAACGUCAAGGUUGGCCGGCGUACAGAGAAGCGGUGGGGUUUGAUUUUCAAGUGCAUGACCACAAGCUGUGUGCAUCUUGACCUACUGGAGAGCAUAGACACUGAUGCUUUCCUGAUGGCCCUCCGUCGUUUCAUUGCCCGCCGCGGCAAACCAUUUGAGAUCCUGUCUGACAGAGGAACCAACUUCCGAGGUGGAGCUGCGGAGCUGCAAGCCAGUUUUGCCGCUUUAGAAGUUCCUCUUCAAGAACAGCUAGCCAAACAGCAAAUUGAGUUCCGUUUCAACCCCCCUGGGUCUCCACACUUUGGGGGGACGUGGGAACGAGGGAUCAAGUCGAUUAAGUCAGCCCUUCAAGUCAUCCUUCAGGACCAUACCGUUGCCGAACCUGUACUGCAGACUGUGCUGAUAGAAGUGGAGGGAAUACUUAAUGCUAAACCGCUUGGGUACAUCUCCUCGGAUGCUGCAGAUCCAGACCCCGUCACACCGAAUCUGCUGUUGAUGGGACGCCGCGACGCAUCACUCCCACAGGCUGUCUACGCAUCUAGUGACCUUCUCAGCAGAAGAAGAUGGCGUCACAGCCAGAUCCUGGCGGACCAUUUCUGGUCCAACUUUAUCCGUCGUCAUCUUCCGGACCUUCAGAAGCGGUCGAAGUGGAACAAGGACACAGACAAUCUGACUGUUGGCCAGGUGGUGAUGGUAGUUGAUUCGCAGCUACCCAGAGCUCAGUGGCCCAUUGGGAGAGUGGUGAAGAUUUGUUCCGGCUCAGAUGGACGAGUCAGGGCAGCUGAAGUUAAGAUCAAGGGACAGACCUACCUACGCCCAGUUGCGCGCCUUGUGCGGUUACCAGCCUGGGAGGACGCUGACUAAGUAGACUUUCCUUUGGGAUUCAAAUUUAUUGCUAAAUUUGGGGGCGGCUAUGUCAGGAAGUCUUUUAUUUUGAAAUCGCGUUAAUAUCAUUUCUGUUCCGAGCGCGUCACAUAUUCAUUCACGACUCUGCGUUCUGUGGGAUGGGUGCUCUCGUGUGCGUAAUCUAAGCGAAAACCACACACACACCACACAUACUCCUACAACAUAACCACAUAUGUACCUAUUCGUACAUAAAUGCCUGUACUAAAACUUCAAUAAUAAAGUUUUCUGGAAUGAUUUCUCCGUGCCCUUCUCUCUGACCGGAGCACUGUCAAAGGAAACUGUCAGACCAGUAUUAUCCUCUUCAGAGUAACUCACUCUA